AUGUCAACCACGAAAGCAUCCAGAAUAGGAGAAGAAAUAUGGAAAACGAGAAUCGAUAAGGUCAAUGCGGAGCUGGUCACAUUAACCUACGGCACCAUUGUGGCACAAUUAUGCCAAGACUACGAUAGUGAUUACAAACAAGUGAACCAGCAAUUGGAUAAGAUGGGUUACAAUAUCGGAAUGCGACUGAUCGAGGAUUUCCUGGCUAAGUCGGGAACAGAUAUGAUUGCCAAGGUGGGAUUUAAGAUCUUCCUGAACGUCGCACCGACAGUCACCAAUUGGGCGAGCGACAACAACCAGUUCUCGCUUAUCUUUGACGAGAACCCCUUGGCGGACUUUGUGGAGCUUCCCGAUGACGGACGGGCUCAGGACGAGCUGUGGUUUUCGAACAUCCUAUGCGGUGUGCUUCGUGGCGCACUAGAGAUGGUACAAAUGCAGAUCGAAGCGCACUUUGUGAGCGAUGUGCUCCGAGGCGAUGAUACCACGGAGAUGCGGGUCUCACUUGUACGAUACAUCGAGGAUGAGAUGCCACCAGAGGAGGAGUAA